AUGGCUCGUUUGAAGGAAUCGAAAUGGAGAACUAAAAGGACGCCGGAAGCGAAGGAAAUCUUUCGCACUAAGAGUAUGCACAAUGAAUGUCCUCACGUUUCUGGCACUUCGGUAGCAGAGGAACCGCAUUUGCCACGUCUUCCUGAGUAUGACGUUUUCUUGGGCGGAUCGUGCGGAACUACGGUCUGGCGUCGCCAACUCGUUAUUCCAUUUCUUAAGAAGAAAGCAAUUUCUUAUUAUGAUCCUCAAAGGAGUAGGUCGUCUCUAUUCCUGUUUGUCAUAGAUCCUGCCACUGUCAAUGCUACGUCUUUUCUUGAGAUAGCCUAUUUUGCUGCUAGGAAAUCGCCGAAAUUAGUUGUAGUAUUCCUGGGCAAAACAGAGUGGAAGCAAAAAGCUCAUCCAUUCGAUCUGCCGGACAGAAACAGGACCUGCUUACUUCUUGAUAAAAUAUUGGAUGCCCAUGAUGUUCCGAUGCUUUACAGUAUACAGGACGCGUUGGACUACAUCGAGGAAGAAAUAAUCGGAAGUAAACGAUGGUCUGAGGUCCUAUGUGUGCCUUGUCAACGUCUAUCAUAUCUGUCUCUCCGAACAAAAAGAAUGGUUCGAGCUGCUCACUAUACAGCCCAUGGAGCGUGGCUACGUAUGCGAUCAUUUGCACGGCGAAUGGUAUUUGCUGGUGUCGCCGACAUGGUCAUUUUUGUUGCCUGCCAGAUGAUUGCACCAAAUAUUCCGAUAUAUUUCGUACUUAUUCCCCUUCUGUUGCUCAGUCUUGUUAUUAUAUUUGCUACCGGAAGAUGGCAACGUUAUCGUUUACGGUGCCCGCGUGCUAUAGCUGAUUCAUCUUACCAAAACCUACGACCUCCAGCAGCUAUUCCUUUGCCACGUUUGGCGACUGUUAUCACGCCACUCAACCUUGUGCAUGCUAAGUGCAAUUUGGUGCGGUCGAAGCGGUUUUGUGAUAAUAUCGUCGAUGAUGGCUCUUCUUCAUUCAUAGUGCCGGAAUUGUUGAGGCGUCGGGCCCAGUAUACAAAGGCAAUGAACGUAUCAUCUCCUGCAACGAUAGAGCUGGCGUCGAGUGCUCUUGACGAGACUUCAUGGGUCAACAGAGUGGUCGUGCCACAUUUGGAUGACAUUGAACCGGAAUGUCGUAUGAAGUGCCUUAUGACAUGGGCUUCGCAGCUGAAACACUUCCUCUAUCUCAUUCCAACUACGAAAACAUUUCUAUCAGGAAUGGUCGAGGUCGCAUACAUAUUGGGGCAUACGAACUGGCAAAUUACCCUUUGUGUACCAAAAGAAGCAGAGACAUUAGAAGCUCCAGCAACGAUAGAAGACGAGCUGGAAAGAGCUUCGAGGCGACGUCGAAAUGACUGCUAUCAAAUUGCUUUUUGUUACCUUAAGGACAUGGCAAAGCGUCGGCAGUGUCGGGUGUUUUCUGAGUUGGAUGAUGCUCUUCUGUAUGUGGCCAAAGUUUCGUUCGAUGGCUUAUGA